GUUAUGGUUUUUCAAAGUGUAUCUUUGCAAAUUAAAACAUUACAAAAUGAACCUAAUAUUUACGAUCUGCCAAUUGCACCUGCUUUUGGAAUUUUUUCUACACCUGUUCAAGACUCUUCUGAACCACAUGGCAACAGUGCAAUCUUUCGUUUAAAAAAGGGAGUCUAUAAUAGUAUGAAUGGAAAAACUACUGAUUUGUUAGUUAUAUGCAAGUAUAAUCCGAAUCCGAAAGGUCGCUAUUCGAAUGUAGCUAAAGCUACACAUCGUCAAAUUGUUUUUUCUGUUGCUGAAAAUUCAAAAUCGCAGUUAUGUGAUGGGACAGAACCUGUAAAAAAAAAAAGAAAAAGAGAUGAGGAGCUAGUGAAAAUUGCAGAA